AUGCUUUCUAGACUCUCCUCGAGGUUCCCCACUCGUGGUGUCGCUUUCAUGACUACUCGUGGCUACGCAACUGGGCCCGCGCCAAAUGCAAAGUGGAAAUACGUCCCUCAGAGUGGGAGUUACCCACAGGGGUUCAACGUUGGCGGUAUUCAUUGUGGAGUAAAGAAGGAUGGGAAGAGCCUUGACCUUGCGCUUGUGACUUCCGAGUUGCCGUGCAGCGCCGCUGCGGUUUUCACGAAGAAUGUCUUCAAAGCGGCACCUGUGGUCAUGGGUAGGGAAAUGUUGGACAAGCGAAAGGGUUAUGGGAUCAGAGGGCUUGUGGCUAACAGCGGAUGUGCUAAUGCCAUCACCGGAAAGGGUGGAAUGGAGGAUGCAUUGGCUAUGGGGAGGGGAGUUGACAAGCUGGUGGGAGAAGAGGAGAGCAGUACUCUGGUCAUGAGCACUGGUGUUAUUGGACAAAGGCUCCCGAUUAAAAAGAUUCUCGAUGGGAUCCCGGAAGCCUAUAAAAUCCUUGCACAAUCUCACGAGGCCUGGCUUAAUACCGCGAAGGCCAUUUGCACAACAGACACCUUCCCCAAGCUUUGCUCUAAGAGCUUCACUUUCCCUGGAUCCUCGACAACCUACAAGAUCGCUGGAAUGGCUAAGGGAGCUGGUAUGAUCCAUCCCAACAUGGCCACCCUCCUUGGAUUCAUGGCCACGGACGCCCCCGUCUCCCCAGAGGCUCUCCAGAACAUCCUCACCCACGCGGUUGAACGCUCGUUCAAUGCCAUCUCUGUAGACGGUGACAUGAGCACCAACGAUACUGUCGCUCUCCUUGCCAACGGCGCUGCAGGUGGCAAGACCGUAGAGGCAGGAACUGAAGCCGAAGCCGUCCUUAGAGCGGUCGUAACGGAGUUUGCCGAAGAGCUCAGCAAGCUGGUUGUUCGUGACGGGGAAGGCGCGACAAAGUUCGUGACCGUCAGCGUGAAGGAUGCAAAUAACUUUGCAGAUGCGAAGCAGGUCGCAUCAACUAUCGCUAGAUCUCCUUUAGUGAAGACAGCCCUCUAUGGGCGAGAUGCUAACUGGGGUAGAAUUUUGUGCGCGACUGGAUACUCUGGCAUCGAUGGAAUCGUUCCGGAGAAGACCAAUGUGUCAUUCAUCCCGACUGAUGGCUCGCCUGAAUUGAAGCUCCUUGUUAAUGGAGAACCAGAGAAUGUGGAUGAGGAGAGGGCGAGCGAGAUCUUGGCCAUGGAAGAUCUUGAGAUUAGGGUUUCGUUGGGAACGGGCAAGGGUGGUGAGGCGGCAUAUUACACGUGCGACUUCUCGCAUGAAUAUGUCACGAUUGAUUCUGUUAAUUCCACCGCAAUCAUGAGCGGCUUGCGAUUUCUCGACCUGAUUAAGCCGUUCGUGCCCAUCCUCCCAGAGGUGGCGUCACCCGAACGCAAAACUCCAUUCAGACAAAGGCUAAUGUGGACUGGGUUGACACUACUUAUUUUCUUGGUUAUGUCCCAAAUGCCAUUGUAUGGAAUUGUAUCUUCAGAUACCUCGGAUCCCCUCUAUUGGCUCCGUAUGAUGUUGGCAAGUAACAGAGGAACAUUGAUGGAGCUGGGAAUAUCUCCAAUUAUCUCGUCUGGAAUGGUUUUCCAGCUUCUCGCCGGUACUCACUUGAUUGAUGUCAACCUCGACCUUAAGUCUGAUCGCGAGCUCUACCAAACCGCCCAGAAGUUGUUUGCCAUUAUUCUUUCUCUCGGACAAGCUACCGUCUACGUUUUGACUGGUCUCUACGGACAGCCCAGUGAUCUUGGUGCUGGUGUUUGCCUUCUCCUUGUUCUCCAGCUCGUUGUUGCAGGUCUCAUUGUCAUUCUUCUCGAUGAGCUCCUCCAGAAGGGUUACGGUCUUGGAUCCGGUAUCUCUCUUUUCAUUGCCACCAACAUUUGCGAGAGCAUCAUCUGGAAGGCUUUCUCUCCCACCACCAUCAACACUGGACGUGGACCUGAAUUCGAGGGAGCCGUCAUUGCUUUGUUCCAUCUCCUCCUUACCUGGGGCGACAAGAACCGCGCUCUCCGUGAGGCUUUCUACCGCCAGAAUCUCCCCAACAUCAUGAACCUUUUGGCUACUCUUGUUGUCUUCGCCUCGGUCAUCUACCUCCAGGGAUUCCGUGUCGAGAUCCCCGUCAAGUCUAGCCGUUACCGUGGAACUCGUGGAACCUACCCGGUCCGUCUUUUCUACACCAGCAACAUGCCUAUCAUGCUACAGUCUGCUCUGAGCUCCAACGUUUUCCUCGUCUCACAGAUGUUGUACAACCGUCUCCCAGACAACCUUCUCGUUCGUUUCCUCGGUGUCUGGGAGCCCAAGGAAGGAUCUGCUCAGCUCUACGCUGUGUCUGGUAUCUCUUACUACAUGUCUCCUCCCCUCAACUUCACCGACGCUCUUAUCGACCCUCUUCACACCGCUAUCUACAUCUUGUUCAUGCUCACCGCCUGCGCCAUGUUCUCCAAGACCUGGAUUGAGGUUUCUGGCUCUAGUCCCCGUGACGUUGCCAAGCAGUUGAAGGAGCAGGGUUUGGUCAUGGCCGGACAUCGUGAGCAGAGCAUGUACAAGGAGCUUAAGCGUGUUAUCCCUGUUGCCGCUGCUUUCGGUGGUGCUUGCAUUGGUGCUCUCUCUGUCGCUUCCGACCUUCUCGGUGCUCUUGGUUCUGGAACUGGUAUCUUGUUGGCUGUUACAAUCAUCUAUGGAUAUUUCGAAAUCGCUGCUAAGGAGGGUGACAUGGCUGGCCUCGGCCAGUUCGUCUCAUAA